AUGGUAUCCCGUAAGGCUGUGGCUGCUCUGCUGGUGGUGCAUGCAGCUGCCAUGCUGGCCUCCCAGACGGAAGCCUUCGUCCCCAUCUUCACCUAUGGCGAACUCCAGAGGAUGCAGGAAAAGGAACGGAAUAAAGGGCAAAAGAAAUCCCUGAGUGUAUGGCAGAGGUCUGGGGAGGAAGGUCCUGUAGACCCUGCGGAGCCCAUCAAGGAAGAAGAAAACGAAAUGAUCAAGCUGACUGCUCCUCUGGAAAUUGGAAUGAGGAUGAACUCCAGACAGCUGGAAAAGUACCUGGCCGCCCUGGAAGGGCUGCUGAGUGAGAUGCUUCCCCAGCACGAUAUUUUCAUUCCCUUCCACAACAUCACCACAGGGCGGCUGCUCCGAAGGAAACCUUGGUGCGGCUUUCCCUUCCCCCAUUCAUUCUGCAGGUUAAAGUCCUUAGCCCCAUUUGGCCUUGCCCAGUUCAAGCCUGCCCUGGUGCCCCCUCCUCCCUCCGACCUGCAGGCAAGUUUUAGAGGGCAGUUUCGCAAGCAGACCUGA